GUCUUCUUCCUCUUCUACUGCUGCAGUGUCUGAUUCUCCCUCCACCAUCUUCAUCAUCACCACCAUCAUCAUCCUCUUCUCCCUCCUGUCUGUGUGUCUGACUCUCCCCCUCCCUCUCCAUCCCGCUCUCCGCCAGUGAAGGCACGGCCAGAUAUCACGGCGACAAAAGAGAGAGAGAGCGAAGGGGGGGUAGAGAGACCUUGACAGAGACUGGGAGAGAUAAAGAGAGAGACAGAGAGUGUGAGAGAGAGGGAGAGAGAGAGAGAGAGAAAGUGAAGAAGGCUGCAGACUUUCCGACCAGAGAGGAAGAGGAGAGGAGGAAGAAGAGACAGAGAUAAGCUAGAGGAGCUCCAUCUUCGCCAUUUCAAUCAUGACUCUGGAAGACGGCUUCUGAAAUUCAGUUUGAUAUAAAGACUCCUCAGCUACAUGACCAGUGCUACACCGAGCUCUGACCAGAUGGAGGUGAAUGCGGUCAAAAAACGCCAUCGCACACGAUCCAAAGGAGUCAGAGCCGCCGUGGAAGCAGUAACACAGGAGUUAUUCAGCUGUCCCACCCCAGGCUGUGAUGGCAGCGGUCACGUCAGCGGGAAGUACGCCAGACACCGCAGUGUCUACGGCUGCCCGCUGGCCAAGAAGAGGAAGGCUCUGGAAAAACAGCCACUGGAGCCAGCUGCCAAGAGGAGGCCCUUCCUCACCUCCUGCCCGGUGGAGGAGGAGGAGGACGCCAGCGCCUACACCAGCUACGAGAAUGAAGCCAUCGAGGUGGUGGAGGAGGGGAAAGAGCAGGGGGAGGUAGUGGAGGAGGACGAGGAGGAAGAGGAGGGGGAGAGAGAAGGAGAUGAAGACGGUGAUGUGGAGGACGAGUUCUCAGAGGACAACGAGGACCAGGGAGAGGAGGAGGAGGAAGAGGAGGAGGAAGAAGAGGAGGAGGUAGAGGUGGAGAGAGCGGAUAUGGCAAUGGGAGGAGAGCGGGCGGAGGAGGAGGAGGGGAUGUACGAGGACGAGGAAGAAGUGGAGGAUGGUGAUGAUGAGGAGGAGCAGGAGGAUGAGGGAGAGGAAGACGAGCAAGAGGAGGAGGAGGAAGAGGAGGAGCAGAAUCGUCAGCAGGUAGAGAACCACUACAAACCCAGUGGACAAUCAAAGCUCUUUCCAAUUCAGAAGGACGACAACAACAACAACAACAGCUGCACCAUCAGUGCUGGUAACGGCACCGGAGAGGAGUACGAGAACUACGACGAGCUGGUCGCUAAGUCGCUGCUCAACCUGGGCAAGAUCGCAGAAGACGCUGCCUACCAGGCCAUGACCGAGUCUGAGAUGAACAGCAACUCUUCCAACAGCGCCGGGGAAGAUGAAGACGAUGAGGAGGAUGACCGCAGCGAUCAGGGCGACCGGAAGGGUGAACUGAGCGUGGACCUGGACAGCGAUGUAGUCAGGGAGACAGUAGAUUCCCUGAAGCUGCUGGCGCAGGGCCACGGUGCCAUGCUGCCCGAGGACGGCUACCCAGAAGGUGCCAUGGUGGACGAUGGCGGCCAUGCUAACGGGCGGCCCGGCGUGGGGGUUAGGGUUCAGGCGGACGAGAGCGAGGAGGAGGUGUGUCUCAGCAGUCUGGAGUGUCUGAGGAACCAAUGCUUCGAUCUGGCUCGGAAACUGAGCGAGACACAGACGUCUGAUCGCCCCGCCCUCCACGUCCUCCACCACCAACUCCAAAUCCCAACAGACCAGCAGGUGGUGCAUCACCUGAACAGGUACGACAGCUGCCACCAGAGUGCACAGGAGGAACACAGGUCUCUGGAACGCAGCUACUCCGACAUGGUGAACCUGAUGAAGCUGGAGGAGCAGCUGAGCCCAGCAUCCAGAGGUUAUCCAACCAGCUGCAGCCAGGAAGGCGAUGAAGAUACCACAUCGGUGGCCUCUGACCGCUCGGACGAGACCUUCGACAUGGCCAAGGGAAACCUGUCGCUGCUGGAGAAGGCCAUCGCCCUGGAAUCGGAGAGGGCGAAGGUUAUGAGGGAUCGGAUGGCCUCAGAGCACACGUUUCCCCGUCGGGAUCACCAUCAUCAUCAUCGUGGCCACGGCGAGCAUAGCCCGAGGCUGAGCAGUGCCGCGGAGGAGCGCAAGUCCAGGAUGCACCACGAUGGGUUGAAGAGGCCGUACUACCCUAAAGACUCUUCCAGGGGGGAGAAGAAGGAGAGUAAGUGUCCGACGCCGGGCUGUGACGGGACUGGUCAUGUGACGGGUCUGUAUCCGCACCACCGCAGCCUGUCCGGGUGUCCUCACAAAGAUCGAGUCCCACCUGAGAUCCUUGCCAUGUAUGAAAAUGUUUUAAAGUGCCCCACUCCUGGCUGCUCUGGACGGGGUCAUGUCAAUAGCAACAGGAACUCGCAUCGCAGUCUGUCCGGCUGUCCCAUCGCUGCCGCAGAGAAGAUGGCGAAGGUCCACGAGAAGAGCCACUCGACUGACAGCGGCAGUAAGACCAAUCAGACGUCAGACCGUGUCCUCAGGCCGAUGUGUUUCGUCAAGCAGCUGGAGAUUCCUCAGUAUGGCUACAAAAACAACGUUCCCACCAGCACACCACGGUCUAACCUGGCCAAGGAGCUGGAAAAAUACUCUAAGACCAGCUACGACUACACCGGCUACGACGGCCAGCAUGGUGGAUACGGAAAGAGAGGUCCGACAACCAAGUCCCACCACGGGCGAGACACCUCCCCAAAGGGAUACGAUGCUAAGCGCUACUGUAAGACGUCGAGCCCGGCCAGCAGCACGACCAGCAGUUACGCUCCCAGCAGCAGCAGCAGCCUGAGCUGUGGAGGAGGAGGAGGAGGAGGUGGUGGAGGUGGUGGAGGAGGUGGAGGAGGAGGAGGAGGAGGAGGAGGAAGCAGUGCCAGCAGCACCUGCAGUAAGAGCAGCUUCGACUACACCCACGAUAUGGAGGCGGCCCACAUGGCGGCCACGGCCAUCCUGAACCUGUCGACAAGGUGCAGGGAGCUCCCGCACGCUCUGGGAGGGAAACCCCAGGACCUGCUGACACAGAGUCCAGUUGGUGACCUGGACGACAGCGGUGCGGUGGAUGUGGCCGGUCAGCCCGGCGGUCCGGAGGGCAGCGGGACGGUGUUAACCCCCCUGCAGCCGAUGUCGCCCCAGCGGCAGGCUCUGCUCAGCAGCCGCUGCUACCAGCUGAGCGAAGCCGACUGCUGGGACCUGCCUGUCGACUACACCAAGAUCAAACGGCUGGGAGACGAGCAGGACCACAAAGAGUCGGCCUAUUUCUCGUCCCUACACCAGAGCGACGAGCUGGAUCCCUUCCAGGAGCUGCUGGACGAGCAGCGCUACCCGGCCGAGGUCUCCAUGCCCAGCCCCAAACACCACAAGUACCCGCCCUGCAAGGAGAGCAAGAAGGAGCUCAUCACGUUGCCAAGCUGCCAGCUGGCCGACAAGAACAUCCGCGGGAUGAUGACGACCAAUUCACAAGAACUCAAGUGUCCGACCCCCGGCUGCGAUGGAUCUGGACACAUCACUGGAAACUACGCCUCCCACAGGAGUCUGUCUGGUUGUCCACGAGCCAAGAAGAGCGGCAUCAAAAUCCUCCACAGCAAAGAGGACAAGGACGACCAGGAGCCAAUCAAGUGUCCGGUGCCGGGCUGUGAUGGACAGGGUCAUGUGACGGGGAAGUACGCCUCCCACCGCAGCGCGUCAGGCUGCCCCUUGGCAGCAAAGAGGCAGAAGGACAGCUACGUCAACGGCUCGCAGUUUGUCUGGAAAUCUGGCAAGACGGACGGCAUGAGCUGCCCGACCCCGGGCUGUGACGGCUCAGGACACGUCAGUGGGAGCUUCCUGACCCAUCGGAGUCUCUCCGGUUGUCCCCGUGCCACCUCGGCCAUGAAGAAGGCCAGGAUGAGCAGCGUGGAUAUGCUGACAAUCAAACAAAGAGCAAGCAAAGGCAUCGAAAAUGAUGAAGAAAUCAAACAGCUGGAUGAAGAAAUCAAAGAUCUGAAUGAGUCCAACAAUCAAGUGGAGUCAGACAUGAUAAAACUGAGGACACAAAUCACCACCAUGGAGACCAACCUGAAGUCCAUCGAGGAGGAGAACAAGGUGAUCGAGCAGCAGAACGACUCGCUGCUGCACGAGCUGGCCAACCUCAGCCAGUCGCUCAUCAACAGCUUAGCUAACAUCCAGCUCCCACACAUGAGACCGCUGCCACAGAAAGAGGCCCCAGUAAAGCAUAACUGCUGUUUACAGAUGCCUCCCAGAGAGCCAAUGAAUGAACAGAACUUUGACACUUAUGUGAGUACAUUGACAGACAUGUACACUCACCAGGACCAGUACCAGAGCCCGGAGAACAAGGCGCUGCUGGAGAACAUCAAACAGGCCGUUCAGGGUAUCCAGGUCUAGCCCUGACUGAGGCCAAAAUAACAAAUGCAAAGCAAAAUCAACAACAAAAAAAAGUCAAAAAGAGGGGAAUUGGUUGUUUUUUGCUGCUGUAAUCUACCAUAGUUCUUUUAUUUCUUUUGCUGUUAUGCUCUCAACUCCAUGGGUAUCUCUUUUUUUAUUAUUUUGAUUGUUGUUGCCUUGCUUUGAAAAACAAUUACCAACGUUUUAAACGAACAUUCACGUUUUGUACAUUUUCAUAUGAUCUAAUAUAAUGUGAUGUACUGUUUAUAGCUGCUAAUGUAUGCACAUUUUAGUGUAUAUGUAUGUAUUUAUUUAUUGUAAGCUUGAAUCAUUUUUUAUUUUAAUGCGAUUUACAUACAUUAAAAAAACUGGGCGUCACGGGUUUAACGGGGAGCAAAGCGGGAACAUGAAGAGCCAGCAAUUUCGAAAGGCUUUUCUCAUGAGUUGUGAGGCUGGAGGAUGUUUAAUGGUUGGAAAUUCAUUCAUUUUUGUAAUGUUUGAAAGUGGACCGUGUGGACACUAAUAUUACUGUAAAUCUAAAAGAACCAAUGCUAUAAGCAUGAAGAUUUCAAACAUCAUGACACGGAAACUUACUGGUGCAAAUCCCAUCAUCCCCUUCGGAGUUGUUUCGUUUCAAACUGUCCUGUUCUGUCGCUUUUCUUUGUUCAUGCGAAAUACGAAGCGGAAAGGCCAAUGGCUACAGAAAAUGUAGGAGACAAUCUGCCAUUCUCAAUUUCUUUUAAUCAUCAACCUUGACUAGCUAGUAGGACAACGUGUCAGCAAUAUUGGUAUGAUAAUAUUAAAUUGUUUGUUUAGAUAUGGGAUGCAAUCUAUAUGAGAAAAAAAAAUGUUUGGGUAUAUGCAAUUUCUUAUGAAUAAAACUAGCAAAGAGCUGAUAGAUCUUUUUACUAACUAUAAAUGUAUUGCGUUUUGUAUAAACCUUUUACUACAAUCAUGUUUUAGAAAUCUGACGCGGGUGAAAGGACUUUGGUUCUGUCAUGAUCGACUUUGCACAGGGACACCUUUGUUUCCAUGUUUUGAUGUUUUUGUUGUCGAUUAAGAGGCACGUGGCAGGCGAAAGGAUUUGUAGAUAUGAUUUUUCUUUCUAAAGGCUGACGGCUCCACUGGACUUACAGGGUCAAACGUCCCCAUCUGUCAUUGUAUAUUGCACUCGUCCUGUAGAAAACGUCUUUCCGAUCAUGCAUCUUAUUGUCUGAGCCACAAUGGGACAUGAUGCCAGACGACAUGAUGACCAAGCAGCACUUCUUUUUUCUUUUUUUUAAUUAUAUUUGAUUGUUAUUGAAAAGAUGAAUGAAAACUAGAGCCAGCAGUCGUAACACGAUGUCUGUGCACAGAAUUUACCGACUGAGUAUUUGAUCUGAAUCGGCCUUACGAUGACAUUCAGUCUGAAAUCACAGCACUGAUGGAAUAUGUUUUCUGAACACCGUCGAUCAUGCAUGCACUUUACUGGAGUAUGUCAAAGUAUUAUCACGUGGUAAAUGAAGCAAAAACUGUACAGAGAGUUUGUUGAAAAUGUGACUUCGACAAGACUUUGUACGGGUGAUUGGAACAAAUUUCACUGAGUUGAUUUGUUAUUUAAAGGAAAACUCCCCCUGUCCCCCCCGUCCCCUUACAUUGUAAACCUCCUCCUCUCCAGUAUAUUUUUAGCAUCAAAUCCAUUUUAAAAGACCACACUGACAAACUUUUGUCUGAAACGUUACCUUUCAGGUAAUUGCUCCAGUUUUAACCACCUGUUGCAAAUGAAAUUAUUAAAACAUUAAUGCAUCGUUGCAUUGGUUAAUAUGAGACAAAAAAUCUUUUAAUAUUGGAAUGUUUUCCUGUUUUUCUUCUUAUCCAAAAGCGAGAGACAACUUUAUACAACCUGUAAAUGGAGUUGCGGAAUGAAAGCAGCUGAAUAAUGAGAGGAGUUAUUACUGGCGUCCAGGGAUUCAUAACAGUAAAAUUAAUUUUCUGGACAGACAUUGUCAGGUGACAGUUGGAGCUCUGCAAAGCUUGGAUGGAUAGCUAUGUUAGAAAAUAUCUGAUUCUUUGAUAAAAAAAAGUCAAAGGAACAAGCUUGUGUACAUAAAAGCUGAAGUGGAGAAGGUGAAGGAGAAGUUAACUGCAACUCCCAAGGUGCAUUUCGGGGAGACGCAUCCAAUCACAGAGCUUAAAUUCGGCUACGUGCGCCCUCCCACUUUGCACCUUGAACUUGAUAAUAAAGUUAAAGUUUUGCAAGAAUGUGAUGUCAGAUAUUUUUGAAACAUUUAAAUGAACAUGGUUUCUAAAAAGAACCCAAGGUCCCAACACAAACAGUUUAAUAACGGUAUAUUGUAGGACUGGGUUUCUCUCUAACUGAUGUAAUGAGCGUUCAAAAGCUAAAAAUCAUGUCUGGUCCAGUUCCUCAACCUGCUUCCUCUAUUUCUACUUCAGUGUGGGAUUUCCUACAUUUCCCAGAAUGCCUUUCAACCGCAAAAGGGAUCACAGUUGCUGCUCUCAGCAGCUCCUCUGGAUAAUUCACAGAACUCACUGCGAACCGUUUUUAUCAGGGAUGCACCAGUUUUUCUCUCCUGAUACCAAUUCUGACUACCAAUCUGAAACCAGUGCUCUCUUUUCUCCAAAAUUUAAAGUCUUUACACCACACUGCUUGAAACUGAUUGGGAUAAUUUUUAUGUAAGGUAACACGAGGCCAGGGACGGCUGCAGUGUCAGAGACACAUCUCUCAAAACCUGGACAAAUAAAGCAAACUACCUGCAAGGCUAGAUACCGUUUCGCUGUGUUCACACUACGAGCAGCAAAGCUACAAAAUGGCCAGCUACAUUGUCGCAGAGUUGCCGUUGAAGUGUUGCUCGUUGACGUAGUUAAGUUUUUCUUCCAUUGUUUGAACAGGAAUUGUGGGGGGAGAGAAGGGGGCCGGGAAUGGUGAAACAAAAACACAUGAUUGGCUGACGUUUCACGGUGUCAUUGGAGCGCUGAAAAAAGUUGUGGCCAGCUCAACUGUGAUUUGUAGCGCGUCACGCAGCGACAAAUGUCCGCCGUUAGUUUGUAGCUUCAUGAGUUGUAGCCUGUUGCUUUGUCACUGGUAGUCUGAACACAGCAACAGGGGUAAGUGGAAAAAUAUUUAAUUUUGUAAUUUGGGUGAACUGACCCUUUAAAUUGAAGUAGCAAUCCUAAACUUUCCAUAUAUAUGAAAUAGAUUUUUGGUUGAAGUGUGGUUAAAAUUAUGUAAAAAGACAUGAAGAAUAUUUGCUAAGAAGGCAUGAAAACGUGCCAUCUUGGGUUUGAAUUACACACUUUCACUCAGUGUAAGCAUCCUAUAGCUCUAAUUUUUUCAAAUGUAAAGACAUUUAAGGGGAAAAUCAAGAGUUAACCAUCUAAAACUUAAACCAAAUCACAACCAUUUGACUCCUGAAACGUGACAUUUUCCUGCCGUUUGACAUUUUUUAGAUGACUCCACAACAUCUCAGCUCUCAGUUCAGUUUUCCGCAGGAAAGACGCCAAACUGCGAACGGGAGUUUUCCUUUAAAGCUGUUUCUUCUUUGGACUUUUGCUGCAAAGCCUCAUUCCCUGACUUCACAUCUCUGUCCAAAGCUUUGUGUCUGCAGCUUCCUGCCAGUAAACUACUGCAUUAGAUAGACUGACAGCUUGUAUUUUUUAUUUAGUCAGUUAUUCUUACUAAUAACAAAGGAAAUGGGAGUUAAAGCACAAUUCUGCCACUUAGAUAUUGUAAUAUCAGAUGUAAAAGCUAAACUGUAACUAUUUACAUAGAGAAUCUCAACACUAACAUGUGACAUGCUAGAAUGCAAAAGAAAUCCAUAUGAAUAUUUGUGAAAUCAUCAGUUUAUGAAAAUGUUAGUUUCUUUUCAGCAGUGCAUUGAUAAGGGGUUUUUAUACAACAUUCAUUUUCUCUCCUUUUACCCCUUUUUCUCUGUUACUCGCAAACUUUCAACAAAAGUUUUCUUACCACAUGGCAUGGGUUUUGUUGGUAUUUUUGCUGUAUGUUUAAGGUCACGAGUUGCUACGUGAUAUUUUAAUUUUACUUGUGAAGUUUGUACAAUUUUUAUCAUGCUGGUGUUGGCAUCUCUUGCUCUGAAUAAAUCUUGUGUUGCAACACUG